AGUCCUAAUUGGAGGUCAUUGUACGAACUCCUGAUCAUUCCGUACACCCAUACGCAGAAAAUGGCAGCCCCGUCGCACGACGCAACCUAAUUUCCACAUUGUCUGUCUUCGAUUGCUAACGAACGUACCUCGGACACGACACGGCGCGACACUCUCUCUUUUAUAUUUGACGUUGUCUGAAUCCAUUGUUAGAAGCGGAGCCAAUUGGAUUCCGAGUCAUCUUCUUCAUCUGUAAUCGGCCUGCAAAUUUGGCGAUGAAUAAUCAAUCCUUGAUCGUAACACGAUAAUCGUCUGAAAAAUCCAAGCUUGAUUAGUCCGGUGAUCACCAGCUUGUAUGGGAGGAAAUCGAGCUUCGAGCUCCUGAAACCGGUCCUUAGGGUUUUUCUUGGAGGGUUUUGGCGAUGGAGGGUGGCGCUCCGGGGCAGCUCGUUGGCUCUGAGAUUCAUGGGUUCCAUACUUUGCAAGAUUUGGAUGUUGCCAACAUCAUGGAAGAAGCCAAAACGAGAUGGCUUCGCCCCAAUGAGAUUCAUGCAAUACUCUGUAAUUACAAGAAUUUCACAGUCAAUGUCAAGCCAGUAACCAUUCCCCCAAGUGGAACACUUGUAUUAUUUGACCGUAAAAUGCUCAGGAACUUCCGGAGAGAUGGUCAUAGCUGGAAGAAGAAAAAGGAUGGGAAGACUGUUAAAGAGGCUCAUGAACAUCUAAAAGUUGGCACUGAUGAGAGGAUCCAUGUUUACUAUGCCCAUGGCCAAGAUAACCCAACCUUUGUCCGUAGGUGUUACUGGCUGCUGGAUAAGAAAUUGGAACACAUAGUCCUUGUUCAUUAUCGCGAAACCCAAGAGUUUCAGAAUUCUCCAGCCACACCAGGAAAUUCAAAUUCUAGCACAAUCUCCGACCCUUCUGCUCCUUGGGUUCCAUCAGAGGAACAUGAUUCUGGCACUAAUCAGGCACUUCAUGCCAAAGAGAGAGAACUGACAGAGCCUAAUGAGAAUAUAACUGUCAAAGCCCACGAAUUGAGGCUUCAUGAGCUAAAUACAUUAGAAUGGGAUGAGCUUGUGACAGAUGAUCCUUCUGCACAAGUGCCAGAGGGAGGCUCUUUCUUGGGGCAGCAGAAUAUUGCAGAGCCCCGUUCAAUCAGCAAUGACAACGCACCAAAUGGAGCAUGUUCUCUUGGUAAUGUUGAUGGACCAAUCACUGCCAUGGGAGUACAAGUAAAUUCAGAUUAUUUGAGUAACAACUUUAGUAAUCUGGGCACUGGCAAUUUUGGGGACUUCUUACAAACUGAUGGUCUGCAAAGGCAUGACAGUUUUGGAAGGUGGAUGAACUACAUCAUGAUUGACUCUCCAGACUCAGCAAAUGGUGCAGUUACCAAACCUUCACUUUCUUGUGCGAUGGGGAGUCAACCCUCUUCUGUUCCUGAGCUCGUAUUCCCCAUAACAGACAUUGCUCCUGCAUGGGCCUUUUCUACUGAGAAAACAAAGAUUAUUAUCACUGGCUUCUUCAUCGAGGGGCAUCAACAACAUCCAAAAGCCAAUCUCUUCUGCAUCUGUGGCGAUAAUUGUGUUCCUGUUGAAAUCAUCCAAGUUGGGGUCUACCGCUGUUUGGUACCUCCACAUUCCCCUGGAAUAGUAAAUCUCUGUAUGAGUUUUGAUGGUCAUAAGCCGGUCAGUCAAUUUGUGAAUUUUGAGUACCGAGCUCCUCCAUUAGUGCAUGAUGUUGAACCUUCAAUUGAAGAAAAGCCAAAGUGCGAAGAGCUCCAGCUUCAGAUGAGACUUGCCUUUCUGCUCUUCUCUACUUCAAAAUGUCUAGAUAUCACUGCCUGUAACAUCACACCAACCAUUCGAGAGGAUGCAAAGAAGUUCUCUCUCCACACUGCAAGUAUUUUAAAGGACUGGGCGUAUUUUCUGAGUUUAGUUGAAGAAAAUAAACUUUCACCUGUACAAGCAAAAGACGGGAUAUUUGAACUUAUGUUGAAGAACAGACUCAAGGACUGGAUAUUGGAAAGAACAAUCACUGGUUGUAAAACCACUGAAUAUGAUCUCCAUGGUCAAGGUGUCAUCCAUUUGUGCGCUAUCUUAGGAUACACGUGGGCUGUUCAACUCUUUUCAUGGUCUGGUCUUUCCUUGGAUUUCCGGGAUAAGUCUGGUUGGACGGCUCUCCAUUGGGCAGCAUACUGUGGAAGGGAGAAAAUGGUUGCAAAGCUCUUAUCAGCUGGGGCAAAGGCUAACCUGGUCACUGACCCCACCUCCAACAACCCUGCUGGAUGCACUGCCGCUGACCUGGCGUCUCAGAGGGGCUAUGAAGGCUUAUCUGCUUACCUGGCUGAGAAGUCCCUUGUACACCACUUUCAGGACAUGAGUUUAGCAGGAAACAUCAGUGGUUCACUCCAAACAACCUCUGAUUAUACCUCAAAUACAGAAGGCAACCUCAGCCAAGAGGAUGUGUGCCUUAAGGACUCUCUGGCAGCUUAUCGAACAGCUGCAGAUGCAGCUGCCCGGAUACAGGCUGCGUUCAGAGAGCACUCAUUUAAGAUUCGUAGUAACCAAGUUAUGUGCUUUAAUUCUGAGGAGGAAGCAAGGAAUAUUGUAGCCGCAAUGAAGAUUCAGCAGGCCUUCCGAAACUUUGAGUGCAAGAAGAAAAUGGCAGCAGCUGCUCAGAUUCAGUAUCGGUUCCGAACUUGGAAAAUGCGCAGAGAGUUCCUUAACUUGCGGAACAAAGCGAUCAAGAUCCAAGCUGCCUUCAGGGGCUUCCAAGUUCGGAGGCAGUACCGUAAAGUUGUGUGGUCUGUCGGGAUUCUUGAGAAAGCAAUCCUACGCUGGCGUUUAAAGAGGAAAGGCUUCCGUGGGUUCCAUGUCAAAGAAAACGUAGAUUGGAGGCAGGACAGUGACACAGAGGAGGAUUUCUUCAGAACAAGCAGAAAGCAAGCUGAAGAUCGUCUCGAGCGAUCAGUCGUCCGGGUUCAGGCAAUGUUCCGUUCCAAGAAGGCACAGGAAGAUUAUAGGAGGAUGAAGUUGACACAUGAUGAAGCUCAGUUGGAGUAUGAUAAGGAGCACAAUGGGCAUUGCGACAUGGAGAGGUAGAGCAAUACGGGUUCCGUCCGGCAGUGCUUCCAGUUUGGGCCUUCAUAGGCAUUACUGCCAUAGGACUAGAGCAUUGGAGGAUAAGAACAUGGCAAGAAGAUACUUAUCCAAAAACAAAAAGAAAAAAAACGAAAAGAAGGUCCUAGUUUUUGUUCUGUAGGCUGUACAUACAAGAUGUAAAUGCCUAGAUUCAACUUUGGAUCGUUCACGUUUUGCUCUUUCACAGGCAGUUCUAAGAGGAAAUUGAAGGGUCGUGACUCAUGAUAGUGAUAGUGAAACAUUUAUCGGGAAAUGUGACAUAGAGGUGUAGAUUUUCUCAGAUUUCGACGGGAUUUUUAAGCCUUUCCUACCAAAUGAACCUUUAGUUGAUUGGCUUCAUUAAACCCGGCAAAAUGCAGCAUUUAAUGGGGGAAGAGAAGUUUUUUCCGUA